AUGGCCUUCUUUGCUCUCAUCCCCCUUGUUGAAGUAUUGGCCGAGGGCGCCGAAACCGCCAUUGUCGCAGCCGAGGCUGCCGAAGCUACCGCUGCGGCGAGUGAAGCAGCUGCAGCUAGUGCCGAGGCCGCCGCCGCCGAAGAAGCAGCAGCUGCUGCUGAAGAAACUGCUGCCGCCGAGGCUGAACUUGGAGAAGGGACUGCGUCGACUGCCUCGCAAGUUGCUGGGCGGACCGUUCUGCAGAGUGCUAUAGCCUUCACGAAGUGGCUAGCCAAACAGGCCGUAGAGCUCGCCCUAUUUGAGGCCGGCAUGCGCGCCAUUGAAGCGGCAAUCAAUGCCCUCACGCCCGAGAACCCGGACCGCGCAGAAAUGCAACGUCUCAUCCGCAAGAUGCAUACGGCGAUACCAAAACUGCAAAAAGCAGUCAAUGGCUGGCUGUCGUGGUCCCGUCAUCACUUUGAUAACAGGACCUCCUUUGGGGUCAUCGAGGUCUGGGGUACACCUAUCCUGCGCUUCGAUGUCCUCCAGAACAAAUUAGCCGCCCUCUCCGAUAUCCGGCACAAGAAGCUUGUGCCGCUUUCCAAGGGGGCCAACAUCUCAAAGACGAAGAGCUCCUUGCAGACGCUGAUGACAGCUGUUGAGGGAUACGCAAACGGGGUCACCAAGGUGAAUGACUUUGUUAGGUCUGCCUGCCAAGCAAUGGUCGCGUAUGGUCUGGAAGACUAUCAGGCGGAUAUAGAAUCUGCGCUUAGUGACCUCAAAUGA